CGGUUGAAGACAAUGAAUUGGAUAUUGAUGAAUAUACUUACUAUGAGUCUCAAAAUCCUGGAUAUUAUGUCGAUUACAAUGACCCUUCACCUGAACAUAUUGAAUUGCAAAAUAUCAAUCAACCCAGCCCAGAUUAUUAUGAAGGAUAUGAGCCUUCAGAGUAUUCAUUACAACACUAUGGAAAAGAUAGUUCCUCCAUCUCAAACAUUGCACCGUCUUCUACUGCUCCUUUAUUAAGGCAAAGUCCUAUACCACCUGACAAUUAUAGUGAAGUUUCAAUCAAUGCACCUUCUUAUCAUUCGUCAAGAAUACAAUAUGAGAAAAGAGAAAAAUAUUUGAUAUUGGAACAUAUUAUUUUUAAAAAACUUAUUGAAAGACUUGGAGAAUCUCCCAAGAGUGAUGAAGAAAGCCCAGAUUUUAAUAGUAAUAUCAUACUAAAACCUGAAGGCACAAAACAUAUAAGUUUGUCAGAAAGUACUAAGAAUACCAGAAAAGGAUUUAAGAACUUAUAA